GAGUGCCGCCGCCGCCGCCAUGAGGGCAGCGCUCGCCCCCGGGGUUCGCCUGCUCCGCGCCCUCCCCCGGGACAGCCGCUAUCGGGGACUGACUCUGGUACUGACCUUCCUCUCCUACAGCAGCUACCACCUCUCCCGAAAACCCAUCAGCAUCGUCAAGAGCCAGCUGCACCCCAACUGCUCAGCCUUGGGCCCAAACCCCCACAAUGACUCCAACAGCACCACAUGGUGCAGCUGGGCCCCCUUUGAUGGGGACAACUACAAGGAACUUUUUGGGGCGCUGGAUAAUGCCUUCCUGGUGGCCUACGCCAUCGGGAUGUUUAUCAGCGGCAUUUUUGGGGAGCGCCUCCCUCUACGUUACUACCUGUCGGGGGGAAUGUUGCUGAGCGGGUUCUUCACUGCCCUUUUUGGCCUUGGCUACUUCUGGAACAUCCACGUCCUCUGGUACUUCAUUGUCGUGCAGGUCUGCAAUGGGCUGGUGCAGACGACCGGCUGGCCUGCUGUCGUGGCGUGUGUUGGAAACUGGUUUGGCAAAGGAAAGAGAGGUUUGAUCAUGGGCAUCUGGAACUCGCACACCUCUGUUGGCAACAUCUUAGGGUCGCUCAUCGCCGGUGUCUGGGUUUCCUCUGCCUGGGGCCUGUCCUUUGUUGUGCCUGGCAUCAUCAUCACCCUUGCAGGCAUCAUCUGCUUCUUCUUCCUUGUGGAGUACCCUGAGGAUGUUGACUGUGAUCCACCUCUGCACCACAUGGCCUCUGAUGAUAAUCCUGGAGGAGUGACCAUCAGUGAGAAGGAUCCUGAAGCAGUCACCUCCAAAGAGGGCCCACUCAGCCUCUCAGGCCAGAGCAGUGUGGAUCACUCCCACAACCCCAAGGAGCCAGCUGAGGAGCCUGAAGCCAUCAGCUUCCUUGGGGCACUUCGGAUACCUGGCGUGGUGGAGUUCUCCCUGUGCCUGCUCUUUGCCAAGCUGGUGAGCUACACCUUCCUGUACUGGCUGCCCCUCUACAUUGUCAACGUUGCUCAUUUUGGUGCCAAGGAAGCCGGGGACCUGUCGACCCUCUUUGAUGUCGGGGGUAUUUUAGGGGGGAUCUUUGCCGGCCUCAUCUCUGACUACACUGGCGGCAGAGCCACCACGUGCUGCGUGAUGCUGGUCAUUGCUGCUCCCAUGCUGUUCCUGUAUAACCACGUGGGUCAGAACGGCAUUGGCAUAUCAAUAGGGAUGCUGAUCAUCUGUGGUGCUCUGGUUAACGGGCCCUACGCGCUCAUCACAACAGCGGUGUCGGCAGAUUUGGGCACCCAUGAAUCUCUGAAAGGAAAUGCCAAAGCCCUUUCGACUGUCACGGCCAUCAUCGAUGGCACGGGAUCUGUUGGUGCUGCGCUGGGGCCGCUGCUCGCGGGGCUCAUCUCUCCCACAGGCUGGAAUAACGUCUUUUACAUGCUGAUAGCAGCUGAUGUCCUGGCUUGUCUGCUCCUUGUUCGUGUGGUGGUCAAAGAGGCCCGUGGCUGGUGCGGCUACAUGGCGAGGCAGAGAGGCUCUAGUGUGCAGCUAACAGAGUCAGUGAUGGAUGGGAAGUAGCUCGGUGUGAAAGACCAAUAGUCUGGCCCUCGUGCUGCGGUUUAAGGAGUUUUGAUGCACCCCCUGAGAGCCGCCCCAAGCCCAGAGGGAGGAGAGAGGCUGGGGCACACACACCGGAGCGCGGGCGUCUCGGCAAAGCUGCAGCCCAGCCUCGGGCACGGCCCCACGGGCUCACUGCCACCAUGGGUUUGCUUCCAACGGAGGCAGGGGCGAGGAGUAGUCAAAGGGCCCUGGCCAAAUGGUUUUCUGGGUCAAUUCUUCACCAUCGGCCGUUUUAUUAAUAAAAACAUGC